AUGACCUCCGGAGACCGCCCGGCGCCCGUGGCCGCGAAGCUAGGCGCCGCUGCGUACUACGGCCUGUCCUCCAUGCUCGUGCAGUCGGCCACGAAGGCGCUGUUCACGUCCUACGGCUUCCCGAGUCACGUGGCAAUGGCGGCGGCGCAAAUGGCCUUCACAGCGACGGUCAUGUACCUGGUCGUGCGGCCGCCGCUGAGCCUCGAGAUCGCGCGCGAGGCGCUCCCCGUGUCGGCGGUCUACACGGUGAACAUCCUGUCAGGUCUGGUGGGUACGGGGGGACUCAGCGUGCCGAUGUUCAUCGCGCUGCGGCGCUUCACGGUCGUGGUGUCGCUCGUGCUGGAGUACUUCGUGUACAAGAAGACGCGCAGCCGGGCGUCGAUGGCCGCGGUGCUGCUCAUGGUCGCGGGCUCGCUGUACGCUGCGCUCACCGACCUGACCUUCGACGCGUUCGGGUACGCCGCGGUGAUGGUCAACAACGUGUGCUCGAGCUCCUUCAUGUUCAUGGUCAAGUACAAUGCCGCGUCGAAGAAACUCGGAACGAACGGGUUGCUGUUCUACAACAGCCUCAUGGGCGGCGUGAGCAUGCUGACGCUGCUCUUCCUCAACGGCGACCUGGAGCGCCUGCGCGUCUUCCCGAACUUCUCCGGCGCGCUCUUCGCCCUCACGUUCCUCUGCGCGAACGUCAUGGGCCUCCUCGUCAACCACUCGCUCCUGGUGUGCACGAAAGUGAACGACCCGAUCGCCACCUCGGUCGUCGGGUCGUUCAAGAACAUGAUCAUGACCAUCAUCGGCGCGUUCGCGUUCGGGGAUUUCGUGUACUCGGCCUACAACGUCAUAGGGCUGUCGGUGUCGAUGUGUGGUGCCAUCUGGUAUGCCACGCUCGGAGCGCUCUCGAAGGCGAAGGCGGAUCAGGGCAAGCGGGAGGAGGGCGGCGGAGGGCAGGAGAUGGUUGCGCGGCCGCAGAGGGACGAGGAGGCCGGCGUGGGCGGCGAGCGGGACGCCCUGCUGUCAGGACGAGACACCUCGGCGGGGGGAGAGAAGCUGACGACGGGCGCGCAUCGGGGGAACAAAGGCACGGGCGGCGCGUCGAGCUAG